CCCGAGGGUAUAUAAGGCGCUGAUAUGUGGUAGCCGUCAAUUCAACAGUGAUCAACCUCCGAGUUAUUCACAGAGAAACGUAACUUACAGUGAAGACAUGAAGAUAAUAUUGCUCGCUCUCCUUGGGGUACCCCUGAUAUACGGGGCGACGUUACGAACAGAAGGGAAGACUGAAGACGCUCAUAACAUCGAAAAGAGAGAUGCAUUUGACAUGGUGGAAUACUUGGAACGGUACGGCUACCUCAACACCGACUACAACACCGAGGAGGACGGGGGAGCCAUCUUCCACUCCGAGGUUGAGCUGGAAUACGCUGUCAGAAAGUUUCAAGAGUUUAACGGAUUUCAAGUGACGGGCAUCAUGAACAGGGAGACAUAUGAGCAGAUUACCAAGCCUCGUUGUGGGUUCAGGGAUAUUCUGAAAGAUGCUGACCCAGAUCAGCCGCUAAGUUAUACCCAUCUUGGAGGCAAGUGGCCAAAUAAGGAAGUAACCUGGAAAACAGUGGCAUGGACAAAUCAGAUGGGACAGUCAGUGCAGAGAAGCGCCAUGGAAAACGCUUUCAAGUACUGGCAGCAAGUGACCCCGUUGACCUUCAAAUACACAGACGGGACCCCUGACAUUGAGGUCAAGUUUGCACGCGGGGAACACGGAGAUGGACGAUACAACGCUUUCGAUGGAAGAGGCAAGACACUUGCACAUGCGUUCGGUCCGGGGAAACACUCAAUUAGCGGCGACACCCACUUUGAUGAUGAUGAGGAGUGGACGUAUCACGAGUCACGUGGUACAGACCUAGAAACGGUUGCUGCUCAUGAAUUUGGCCACGCCCUUGGUCUUGGGCAUUCCUCGGUGCCCGGGUCGCUCAUGGCACCUUAUUACCAAGGAUACGACCCCGACUUUAAACUACACAGUGAUGACAUCCGAGCUAUUCAGACACUCUAUGGGUCUAAUCCUCACCGUCCAACUUCAACAACAACAUCCACAACAACAUCCACAACAACAGCGACGACCAUGUCACCAACGACUACUACAACAGAGGCUACAAGUCCAACUGCCGAUUAUUGCUCGACGAAACUGGACGCCAUUGUCACAGCUUCCGACGGCUACACAUACGCCUUCCGGUACAGCCAGGUAUACAAGCUAGGCAGCAGGGGUCUAGAGGCUGGCUUCCCCCGACCCAUCAGGGACGUGUACCCCCGGGCACCCGGGAAAAUCAGAGGCGCAUUCUACAUGCCCGAGGGCAGGAAAACCUACCUCUUCAAAGGAUCCCGGUUGUGGCGGUACACGGACUUCGAGCUGGACCAGGGUUUCCCCAAGACUAUCUACACUGCUGACUUCCCUGAGAAGAUCCACGCCAUGCUCAACAUGAAGGACACCUAUGGAAAGAGCCGCAUCUUCAUGUUCGGGAGUGACAAUUUCUGGGAGUGGAACCCCGACACCCUACAGAUGGUGCCUGGGUGGUCUUAUAGCAUCACUCGUCACUGGCAGGGCAUCCCUAGGGGGGUGGAGGCAGCGGUCACGUGGUAUGAUGGGCAUAUGUACUUCUUCAAGGGUGCCAAUUUCAGAAAGUUCGACACUUAUUACCGCACAGUACAACAAGGCUUCCCCAUGCGCUGGGCCCCAGUCUGGAUGUCGAAUGUGUGUGCAGGUGCAUCGCUUCACGAAAAGGAGGCGCGAGUCGAGUUGGACGCGGGAAGCAGUACCGAGUUCGGUUUGGACAUGGAGAGACAGCGCGAUCCCUCAAACAUUCCUAAUUUCCUCCAGUAAACAUUAAGUUGAGACUCAUGUGUACAUCUCGUCAUUUAACUGAGAUUAGAACAGCUUUAGUUAUACUUUUACUGUAGACUGUGAACUCGGGGAACUUAUUUGAACUAGAUUAGAAGACAACACGAACUUACAUAAGGAUCCUGGGUUUAGGAGAUGCAUGCAAAAUUGAGCAAAUUUAAUUUGAAAUUAUUACAACGGUGUUUCAGUCGUCAGAUUUUCAGGCUUUUAGUAAGAAGCCCUCAAAUAUUGUAGUUUUUACAAAUGACGGCUUUCAUUUUGUACCUCACAGAGAUUGUCUUGUGUUGAUUGUGUCGCAGCGUGAACGUGUAGUUUGUGACGUUCUCUGUCGACUGUUUGUAAGGGUACAGUCCCAUCCAUACAACUGGGUUGUAGACAACCAUUUUGAAUAUCAUAUUCAAAAUGUAUUUAUUUUUUACAUAUUUAUCUUUACCCCGUUUUUGUAUUUAUAUUUUAUAAUAAAAUGUUUUUCAAGAAUAUUUGUUGUUGAAACCUUUCACACUGACGACAUUCACUCUGGACACUUUCACACUGAAGACAUUCACACUGAUGACAUUCACACUGAAGACAUUCACACUGAAGACAUUCACACUGAAGACAUCCACACUGAAGACAUCCACAAUGAAGACAUUCACACUGAAGACAUCCACACUCACGCCAUUCACACUGAAAACAUUCACAUUCACGACGUUCACACUGAGACAUUCACACUCACGACGUUCACACUGAAGACAUUCACAUUGAACACAUUCAAACUGAAGACAUCCACACUAAACACAUCCAAACUGAACACAGAUACAACUGGGUUGUAGACAAUCAUUUUGAAUAUCAUAUUCCAAAUGUAUUUAUUUUUUACAUUUUUAUCUUUACCCC